AUGUCUUUGUAUUUUUUUUCAUUCAAUAUUAGAAUUAGCGUUACAUCAAUUAUUAAAGAAAAAAUUGUUAACUAAAAAUAUAUACUGAUCUGUUUGAUUCUUCAUCACAGCAUUAGAUAUUGGGUAGAAUACACAGUAAAAAAAAAUAAGUGUCAAGUGCAAAGUAUUAAGCGUAGAGACUCAUUAUUACCAAAGAGUUAAGUGUUAAGUGUAAAGCCUUUAAGUGUCAAGUGUAAAGUCUUAAGUCUAAAGACUCAUCAUUGGCAAAGAGUUAAGCAUUAAGUGUAAAACCUUCAAGUGUCAAGUGCAAAGUAUAUAGUGCAAAGACCCAUUCUUACCAAAGAGUUAAGUAUUAAGUGCAAAGCUUUUAAGGGACAAGUUUAAAGAACCGAACCGACUUCUCUGCCAAACUUUGCAAUGGCGCCUCGACGAUACACGACUGUGACUUUGCUCUUCCUUAUGUUUGCUGUAUUGUGUCUCUACCUCAACUUCCAGCUGACGAAUAACAAAAUGGAACUCCCGCCGCCGGUAAGGGAAUUUCUACAGGGCCAGAACCUCAUGCAGGGCAACACUCUACAGGACUUCGUGCCGACCCAGCGCACAGAAGCAGAGAGCCUCCAGGCACUCCUCGAGGACGUGAAUCGCGAUGCCGACGAAGAACAGAUCGACCAGGACCUGAAAGAUCUGAACUUCGAAGAAAUGCCGCCGCUGCCUUUGGUGGAGGACCUCCCGGAGGCGGACGCCGGAGGAGUUAGCUUAGAACCGACGGCCAGGAACGUCACAGCCCGCGACGCUCGGCUGCUCAUCGUCAGCGCCGUGCCCCUGUUCCGGGCGCGCGUCACGUCGUCCCUCGUCAAAACCCUGGGUGAACGCAACGGCUUCCGAGUGGUGAUGCCCCUCCUGCCGAUGCAGCCGAAGAUGGGUCUGUACCAGCGGGAUGCCCUCACCAAGUACAUCACGAGCGCGGCCGAGCAAGAACCUGUGGCCUUCGUUCGAGACAUGUACUUCUUCGAUGUCACCAGGAUGGGAUUUGCUCGGCCAGUGUGGACAGCCAUAGUGCAAGAUCCCGUGGAGAGGCUGGUCAGCAUUUUCCUGCACGCGAAGGAACAAGCAAAGCACCAAGACGCAGGACACAAAGACCGUGAUAUAUCGGGCCUGAGUUUAGAACAGUGUGUCAUCUCCCGCAAUUCCCUCUGUUGGUAUUCGAAGGGAGAGCAGAGGACGUUGCAGCUGUCUUUCUUCUGUGGUCAGCAUACCUUCUGCGAGGUAGUAGGCAGCCGCAGUGGACUCCAAAUGGCCAAGUACCAAGUGGAGCACCAGUUUAGCGUCGUUGGGGUCCUUGAAGAACUCACUCUCUCCUACGCUGUCUUGCAGGAGUACGUCCCGAGGUACUGGGGCAACGCUUCGAUUUUCAUGAUAAGAACUGCAGAACUGGGAAGUGAGGACCUGGAGACCGCCAAUUACCUCAAUACAAUCCCCGAGAAAGUGCGCCAGUACCUGAGGGCGCUGCUGAAGGAGGAAAUCGACUUCUACCUCUUCGUCAGGCAGCGGUUGCAUCUCCAGGCAGCAUCACUCGGGCUUGCAAAACAGCUGUAUUGAGGGUUGGGAGAAACUUCGCUUUUCAUGAGCUUUGUUUACUUUUCGCGUGGGUGUAUCUUGAUCGUCUUAAUCAUUACUGUUGUUAUUAUUAUUUUCAUUAUCUUUCUUUUCCUUUUUUUGGUUGAGUAAGUGCAAGUGUUAUUGAGUUAUUUCUCAUUAUUUCAAGUACUGAUGGAGGUGCCUUGUUUGACAUCCUAAUUUUCGUGGUUGUGAUUUUAAUAAAGAUAUGUCGUGACAAC